GGGCCGCGCCGGAGCCGCCGCCCGCGCGCACUGGGCGCGAAGGCGGGGGCGGGGGAAUUCCUGAUUCUCUGGCGGACCCUGGAAGUUGUCCUUAAAUAAAUAUAUUGCCCGCCUGUGGCUGAGCAGCCUCCUCGUCAGAGCAGCAUGUGGACUGGCUCACGGGGUCCCCUCCGUGCUCUGUGGCUGCCGCCGCCGCCGCCUCUGUCAGCACAGCAGCUGCCGGCAGGAGCCCGGCGCCGGGUGAGGAGCGGGGACGCGCGACCGCCGCGUCCUCUGCCGACCGCUUCUUCUCUGGAGGUGGCAGUCACUGUCGCUGCUGACAAACCAGCCUGCGUUUCCAAGGCUGGGCCAGCUGCUCACCUGUGAGGAGUUGAGACUCUGCGCCUCCCGCCCGGACCCACAUGGCUUGUUACCUGGUCAUCAGUUCGAGACAUCUCAGCAAUGGGCACUACAGGGGCAUUAAAGGAGUCUUUAGAGGACCCCUCUGCAAAAACGGAUCUCCCUCUCUGGAUUUUUCAAAAAAGAAGUCCACAGCAAAGGCCCUGGAAGAUGUAAAGGCGAACUUUUACUGUGAAUUAUGUGACAAGCAGUAUCACAAACACCAGGAGUUUGACAAUCAUAUUAACUCUUACGAUCAUGCUCACAAGCAGAGAUUGAAAGAAUUAAAGCAACGGGAAUUUGCUCGAAAUGUAGCUUCCAAGUCAUGGAAAGAUGAGAAGAAACAAGAAAAAGCACUUAAACGACUUCAUCAGCUGGCUGAGUUAAGGCAGCAAUCAGAAUGUGUUUCUGGAAAUGGACCAGCAUACAAAGCCCCCAGGGUAACCACAGAAAAACAACUCCAGCAAGGAAUUUUCACAGUUAAGAACUGCAGAAAGGUAUCCUGCACGAAAAGCACGCUUCUCCUUAAAGGCAAAAGUCUCCCCAGAAGCACUUCAGACAAACAGCGAUCCACCAUGCCAAAUCGACUCCAGUUACAAACAGACAGACGUUAUCUGUUUGGAAAUCGGUUAUCACAAACAUCUUCAGAUCUGAGCAAUGUAAAUCACAGGACAGGAGUAUCAUUUUCUUUUUCCAAAAAAGUGCAUCUAAAAUUAGAAUCUUCAGCGUCAGUUUUCAGUGAGAACACAGAAGAAACUCAUGAUUGCAACAAGUCAUCCCUUUUUAAAACAAAAAAAUCUGUGGAGAAAUGCAAGUGCCGCACGUUUGCAAAUGACAAUACACACCUUACUAAGGAAAAAGAUGCAAAUAUCUCAGUGAGCCAUCUGGAAAGGGUUUUACAUAAUACCUUCUCUAUAAACUCUAAAAUUUGGCAAGACAAAAAUGACUCUGUUGAUGGAACAUUGAAAGACUCCAUUGGCAUUCAUGCUUCAUUGUCUAAAUCUAACAUUCACCUUUCAGAUGUGGAUUUUACUCCUUCCAGUAGAGAAAAAGAAAGCAGAAACUCAAUGAAGAACACUUCAGGAAAUCACAUAUAUCAUCCAUGCCAAGCAAAUGCUUCCUUCAGCCCACCAGCCACUUACAAGCACAGUGAUGCCAGAAGAUUUGAAUGCCCGGAUGAGUUUUCAUCACCAGAGCCAACUGAAAAAAACAGUACCAUGUAUCAGAAUCCAAAUUCCGGAAUGGAGAACAGAGAAACAUCUUCAGAUAAAACAGAAAGAGUUAGCAAAAAUGUUCAAAGACUUGUAAGAGAAGUGGCAUCCAAACCAUUACCUUUUCUCCACGUACAAAGCAAGGAUGGCCACACCACCCUUCAAUGGCCUACAGAACUCCUGCUCUUUACAAAAACAAAACCGUGUAUCUCUUACGGCUGCAACCCAUUAUAUUUUGAUUUUAAGCUGUCUCGGAACACAAAGGAUGACCCUAAUCUCCAGGACUUAAAAACAGAAUUGGGUAAGGAACCCCUGGAAAUGAAGAAUAACAUAGAGAGCCAGGUCUCAGGUUUAAUAAACGACCAACAAAAAUUGAUCCAAGAAGAUAACCAGUCUCUGAAACCAAAGAUGAUGAUAGCUAACCAGGAUUGGGAAGAUUUCCAGAGAAAACCUAAUUUGGGCUGCAGUGAUGCUGAGCCAAAUAAGAGUGAACAUAAUUUUAGUGCAAAUCAGUUGCAAGUGAAAAAUCCUGAAGUGCCUGCUUACCUUGAUAAGUCUCUAAAGGAUUGUGUCGGAGAAAAUAAUGAUAAUAGCGAUAAUGAACUCAAGGAACCUUCAGGGACCCAUUGGCAAAGCUGCCAGAGGGUAGUUUUAAAUGAUGCAAAUGAGGGCCUGGCUUUUCCUCCCUACAUCUCUAGAACUAAAAAGCAUAAACUGAUCCCCUGUGAUGCUCAUUCAGAGUUUGAAGACGAAAGCCAAUUCAACUGUAAUUCUAGUCCUUAUACAGUGGGUGAUCACAGCAACCCCAGGAAGGACCUCAGUGCAGUUUUGACUAGUAACCACAUCAGCAUGGCCAGGCACAUUUCUAGAUGUGGAAACCAAAGUCACAAGACGUGGUCCCUAAAAUCUUCUCUGAAUGGACAUUCUAGCCCUGCGGACACAUCCCCUAGCAAAAUGUCCAGCUUGAGAAGUACUUAUUCAAGUCAUAGGUUCAAUGAUAAUGGCAACAGUAAUCUGCUCUGCUUUUGUAAAAGAGAACACAACUCAGUUGAAAAACACAAAUGGAAACGCAGAAAGCACAAUUGCCUCUACUUGUCCGACGAGAUGAAGAGCAACCGGCCGCAGCUGGAAACACAGAAGGAAAGGAUCUGCAAAUUGUGGGAAUCAUUUAAAAAUGAGAAAUACUGCAAACAUAGACAUUGCCAAUGCAGAGAGAGACAUAAACUGGGGAAAAAUCAACAACAAAUUUCAGGGACAAAAUCUACUAGAAUCAUCCAUUGUGAUUCUGAUUCUAGCUCACAGGUUUCCUCUGCUGAUGGCAGUGAAAAGUCACCUAAUUGCCGUGGACCUCAGCACAGCAGAUUAGGCUCUGACUCAAGAGAGAGAAUUUAUUACUUAAAUAAAAGCAAGGGAAAUCUUGAGUCUUUGGACAGCCCUCACAUUUGUGAUAUGGGAUCAGUCAAGCCCGUGCAGUGUAACUCUGGGAAUAGCAGCUGCCUUCCAAGAAACUGUUCCAGUGGCCCUUCAGAAACCCCACAGUUGAACAUUACAAAAAGCGAGAAGACUCUCCUGACAGCCAAAAGCCUUUUAGAACGAGUACAAGCCAAGAAGUGUCAGGAACAAACAAUUAAUUUUGAGGUCUCUUCAAACAAUUGUAAAAAUGAAUUAGAGGCUCAUCCACAAAGCCAGUGCACAAUUCAACGUCUACCACUGGGCUGUAACACACCAGAAUUGCCUUUGUCUGAAAAAAGACAGUAUACAAGUAAAAGAAGAAAUGAUAAAGGCAGUGUCAUUUCAAGGACUACUGAGAAAGAUGAAAUCAAAAGUUCACAGACAAGAAAUAUUACCAUUUUAGCAGACACUGAUACUGAUAACCAUCUUUCUAAAGGCGUAAUUCACAUGGUAACAGAGUCUCAGCCACUAAACGUGAAAAGGAACCCAACAACAAAAGAACAAACAAAACCUUUAAUUAGUGAAGUCCAGCCUUUUAUUCAAAGCUGUGACCCCGCCCCAAAUGAUUUCCCUGGUGCUUUUCCAUCUCAGAGAUAUACUGGUUUUACCAAUUCAAGAGAGACCAAAGAGGACCAAAUAAAUGUAGACUUACAGGAUGUAAGCACGCAUAUGAAUCACGUAGAAGGAAAUAUCAACUCUUACUAUGACAGAACUAUGCAGAAGUCUGACAAAGUGGAAGACGAAUUAGAGAUGUGUCAUAAAUCUCUCUCUCCCCCUUUAAUUCAACAGCCCCUAACGUUUUCUCCUGAUGAAAUAGAUAAGUACAAGUUCCUACAGCUCCAAGCCCAGCAGCAUAUGCAGAAACAGCUCCUAUCAAAGCACCUGCGAGUUGUGCCUGCCGCCGGACUGACUGCCUUCUCCCCGGCCUCCGCAGUGCAGACAGUGCCAGUUCACCAGCACGCGUCUAUCACCACCAUCCACCACACCUUCCUGCAGCAUUUUGCUGUUUCUGCUUCCAUAAGUUCUCACAGCAGUCACCUCCCUAUUGCUCAUCUGCAUACCCUGUCACAGCCACAUUUCGCUCCCAUCUCCUUCUCAACUCUGACUCCAACCUUUAUCCCUGCACACCCGACUUUCCUAGCAGGUCCUCCCCUGCAUUUUGUUGCUGCCCCCUUCCACUCAUCACACAUAACACUCCAGCCCCUGCCCUCGACAGCAUUUAUCCCCACAUUAUUUGGCCCUCACUUAAAUCCAGCCACAACUUCUAUCAUCCACUUGAAUCCUUUAAUCCAACCAGCGUUCCAAGGUCAAGAUCUUUGCCGUCAUUCUUGCUCCACUCAGAUGCAACAUGGAAUGAAAGAGGCCUUAAAUGUCUCAGCGCAACUGAAGUAA